AUGCGGGGGAGGGGCGUCACCUGAGGGCGGGGCUCUCAGGUCUUGGGGAUCCAUUGUUGGCUAACCCCAACUUCCGAUACGACCCGGAGCUGUUCCUGCAGUUCCGGAGACAAUUCAUGGGUCUUGGGGGCACCGAGACGCUGCCCCUGACCAGCACAAGACCCCUUUCUAUGGCGCCAGUCCUGUGGUCUCCGCACCUCUCCAGCUCCUGCACCCCCGGCCCCGUGGUUUCCAGCCGCACAAUCGCGUGUCCUGAGUAGCGUGAGGACACGGGGCUGGGCAGGUGCCAGGAGCCCGCCGCCUCUCCUCCUCCCCCGCCCGCCGCCUGGCCCUCCCCUACCAGGCUGAGCCUCUGGGUGCUAGAAGCGCGGGGCCUCCGGGGGAAUACGUGCGGUCCCUCGCUCCGCGUGCGCCUACGCCUUCUGCUCCAGUUGCUUUACCAAUUGAGCGGAAAAGCCGGGGCAUGUUGCCGGGGCCCUGGGCGGGACUGUUGUGCACCUUCCCGCCCACGGGCUGCCCAGUCCCUCUGCUUGCGGCCCCUGCCAACGUCCCCCAGGUUGGAAACCAGACCCUGCAGCCCCCAGCCAGCCCAAAGGAAGCCCAGACUGACGUCGCAGGGUAAUGGGGAUCCAGAGGUAGCUCUGUGGGGCCCCAUCAGAGCUUAGCAGGGCUUUCUGUGUGACACCGUGGGACCUGAACUGGGGAGGUCCCCUUUGCUUAGAAUUACAGGGGGCAACUGUAGGAAACAAUUACAUCUAUUAUGUGCUAAGGAUUGAGAGUUCCAUGGAUUGAGGCCCUCUCUAGAAGGCUUAGAAGUGGGGUAGACGGGGUGUGUGUCUGACUUUGUGUUUUGCUGGGGUGGUGGUGAGUGGGUGUAGAAACUAACCUAGUGCCAAGUGCAGUGUCUGUCAACUAGUAAGUUAAUAAACCUUCCAUGAAUGAAUGAGAAGGUUCUGUGACUGAGGGAGCAGGGCUAGAGAGGGCAUCUCUGCUCAUCCCCCCCCUGCCUCCCCUGGGCUCAUGCAGACAAAAGUAAUUAGGUUGAACCUUUAAUCAAAGCUGGUUUCACAGGCAAGCAGACAUGAUAGAGGAGGUAAAGGCAGAAAUCCUGGGGACACAGGGUGCUGGCCUGGCUCACAGGCAUGCCUCCUUCUGGGACCUCCUCCACCCCCUGCAGUUUGGUGAUCAGUAAUCUCUUGUUUUCUUGUUUCCCUCAGGACACUGGGUCCCCUAGGAGCCUCCCCAGGCUUAAUGAUUGUCCAGGAGGUGGCUAUAAAGGGAGCCUGGGAGGCUGGGUGGAGGAGGGAGCAGAAAAAAUCCAACUCAGCAGAUCUGGGAACUGUGAGAGUGGCAAGCAGGAGCUGUGGUCAAAGGCUGUGCGUCUUGGCUGGUAGGGCCUGCUCUUUUCUACCAUGGCAGCCCAGGGCUAUGGCUAUUAUCGCACUGUGAUCUUCUCGGCCAUGUUUGGGGGCUACAGCCUGUAUUACUUCAAUCGCAAGACCUUCUCCUUUGUCAUGCCAUCAUUGGUGGAAGAGAUCCCUUUGGACAAGGAUGAUUUGGGGCUCAUCACCAGCAGCCAGUCAGCAGCUUAUGCUAUCAGCAAGUUUGUCAGUGGAGUGCUGUCUGACCAGAUGAGUGCUCGCUGGCUCUUCUCUUCUGGGCUGCUCCUGGUUGGCCUGGUCAACAUAUUCUUUUCCUGGAGCUCCACAGUACCUGUCUUUGCUGCCCUCUGGUUCCUUAAUGGCCUGGCCCAGGGGCUGGGCUGGCCCCCAUGUGGGAAGGUCCUGAGGAAGUGGUUUGAGCCAUCUCAGUUUGGCACUUGGUGGGCCAUCCUGUCAACCAGCAUGAACCUGGCUGGAGGGCUGGGCCCUAUCCUGGCAACCGUCCUCGCCCAGAGCUACAGCUGGCGCAGCACGCUGGCCCUGUCUGGGGCACUGUGUGUGGUUGUCUCCUUCCUCUGUCUUCUGCUCAUCCACAAUGAACCUGCUGAUGUCGGACUCCGCAACCUGGACCCCACACCCUCUAAGGGCAAGAAGGGCUCCUUGAAGGAGGAGAGCACCCUACAGCAGCUGCUGCUAUCCCCUUACCUGUGGGUGCUCUCCACUGGUUACCUUGUGGUGUUUGGAGUAAAGACCUGCUGUACUGACUGGGGCCAGUUCUUCCUUAUCCAGGAGAAAGGACAGUCAGCCCUUGUAGGUAGCUCCUACAUGAGUGCCCUGGAAGUUGGGGGCCUUGUAGGCAGCAUCGCAGCUGGCUACCUGUCAGACCGGGCCAUGGCAAAGGCGGGACUGUCCAUCUACGGGAACCCUCGCCAUGGCCUGUUGCUGUUCAUGAUGGCUGGCAUGACAGUGACCAUGUACCUCUUCCGGGUAACAGUGACCAGUGACUCCCCCAAGCUCUGGAUCCUGGUAUUGGGAGCUGUAUUUGGUUUCUCCUCGUAUGGUCCCAUUGCCCUGUUUGGAGUCAUAGCCAACGAGAGUGCCCCUCCCAACUUGUGUGGCACCUCCCACGCCAUUGUGGGACUCAUGGCCAAUGUGGGCGGCUUUCUGGCUGGGCUGCCCUUCAGCACCAUUGCCAAGCACUACAGCUGGAGCACAGCCUUCUGGGUGGCUGAAGUGAUUUGUGCAGCCAGCACAGCUGCCUUCUUCCUCCUACGAAACAUCCGCACCAAGAUGGGCCGAGUGUCCAAGAAGGCUGAGUGAAGAGAGUCCAGGUUCCAGAGCACCAUCCCACGGUGGCCUUCCCCCUGCACGCUGUGGGGGGGAGAAAAGGCGGGGCCUGCUUGGCUAGCCCUGAACCUUUCACUUUCCAUUUCUGCGCCUUUUCCCUCACCCAGGUGGCGCUGGAAGCUAUCAGUGGCUAGUGAGGUCCCAGUUUCCCCGGUCCUAUGCUCUAUUUAAAAGAUAACCUUUGGCCUUAGACUCCAUUAGCUCCUAUUUCCUGCCUUCAGACAAACAGAAAACUUCUGCAGUCAGGAAGCCUCCUGUACCCUUCUUCUUUUCCUAGGCCCCAUCCUGUCCCCAUCCUACCCCAUCCCCACCUGAAGUGAGGCUAUCCCUGCAGCUGCAGGGCACUAAUGGCCCUUGACUUCUGCUGGGCCCUAAGUCCUCUCAGCAGUGGGCGACAGCUGUUGCCAAUACCUCAGACUCCAGGGAAAGAGAGGCGGCUAUCACUCUCACUGUACCACUAGGCGCAGUUGGGUAUAGGUGGGAA